AUGGGAAAGGCUGACGAGGUCAUCGAGCUCCUGCGACAUAUCCCGCAUUUUGUGCCCGAUCCCAGGGAUCUCCCCAACAUACUGGACUGCACGACACCGAUAGUCUACCUCGACUCCGCCUUUCGCAGUCAUCUCCUCGAGAGGACGCCACCUGACCUUCAAGAAGACGCUAGCGGUUCGUCUCCGAGGCACAUGUUGACCCUCGCAGAUGGCCAGCGUGCCGUAAUCAUCGACACCAAGCGUGACGUAGUCAUUCUCUGGAAGUACGACACCAAAUUCCCCGCGUACAUGGACUGCGAUGAUAAAGCAGUCUAUGACGAGAGCGUGCCGGAUCUCGAGAAGGUUGGCAUGGGCGGUCUUUGGAAGUUGAAAGAAGACGGAAAGCCGGACCAGGAGCAUUUGAUCAGGAUGCGGAUUGUGAAGGAUGCCGGGUGGCCUGGCAUCAAUUAUGAAGGGACUGGGUGGGAUAAGGAGAAAGCGGAGACGGAGACGGAGGAAUAUGAGGACGAUGAAUGA